CGAUCCUCGCGCUCUAUCGGCUUCCACGUGGGGAGGCGCGCGCAUGUUUAAGAAAGAAGAAGACGGAGAAGAAGCAGCGAAUAUGGCCGAGUUGGAGUCCCUGAUGCGGAAAGCCCAAGACCAGGUCCAGCAGGCGGUGCGCGCCGAGGUGUUUGAGGGCAACAUCAGCAAGGCCGUCACCCUGUAUGCCCUCGCCGGAGGAGUCUACCUGGAUGCACUCCGAGAGGUGCGAGCUCGCUGUACCAGCUGCAUGGGUCGGCUGCGUGAGCUCAAGGACUACGCGACGCCUCGGCGCCGUGCCUGUGUGGCCGCAGAAGUGGGCCCAGAGGGCGCUGCUCGCAAGCCGGAAGAGUCCGAUUCGGGAUCGGACGACGACGACGACGAAGCCGGCCUAGUCACUGGACCUGACUUUGAGAUGAUCUGUCACUUGGAGGGCGUGCUGAUACUCGGCAAAUCUUCCUGCGGACCCUGUAGCGACACCGGCCUGGUCGAGCUCGUCCCCAAGGCAAGCAAUUAACCCAUGGCUCCAAUUGCCUUAUUGACAAUAAUUCAGUACGCAAUGACCGGUGGGUCUUCUUUUUUUUCUUAGGCUGUAAAGAAUACUUACAAAUCGC